AUGAAACAACGAAAUUUUGAAAUCCUAUGUGCUGCGAUGCUCGGAUUUGGGCAAUUAUGUAUAAUGGUCGGGUAUGAUUCAGAAUCUUUUAUUCUGGAAUCUGUAAUUCAUUCGAUUCAUGAGAGAGAUCCCGAAAAAGUUAGCCAGUAUGCUGGUUAUUAUUGCCAAGCCGUAAUAUUCUGUGCCUACAUGACUGGAUGUCUAUUCGCACCAUCCAUUCUCAAUGUCACUACUCCCAAAAUUCUUCUCAUAUUUUCGGCAAUCUCCUAUACACUUUUCCCAUUUGGAUUCCUAUUUUUUAACACCUAUUUCUAUUUUUUCACCGCUAUCUUAUUGGGUGUGGGCACGUCUUUUUAUUAUCUUGGAAUGGGAAGUUAUCUAUCCCAACACUCAACUAGGGAAACUAUCGAAUCGAAUGUAUCGAUUUCUUGGUCCGUUGGAUGUUGCUGCCUCAUGCUCGGAGCCGGUAUCCUAGCUGGCAUCACAUCGCUCAGUGUACCCGAACCGACUACUGUAAUCCAGAAUUCUACGUUUUCUGCUGAUAAAGUUCACAUUCAACACGAACGAAGAUACAAAGAUUGCUGUCAGCCGCGUUCUCUGGAAUGUCAGCAAUCGCAAUUGUCACAUUUGCAAUGA